AUGGUUGAAGUCUCCGCGGCAAUCCAUAUGUUGCAAGGCGGUGUCAUCAUUGCCGAAUCGCGAUGGACUGUGGAGGUAUGAAAAAAAAAUAAUUUUCGAAUAGGUUUUGUUUACAUGUGAGCAGGACCGCCAGGAUUACCGACUGGCCCAGUCACAGUUUUCAGCAACUACGACCUGAAGGUAUGGAAACUGCAGCGACAACCUUCAGGAGAAUUUGCCAAGAAGCACAGACGGCACACUUUUUUAGUGGCCAUGGCAGUGACCUUGAUGGAAAGACAGUGCUGGCGGCCAUCGAUUAACAUUACGGCGGAAGAAAUGGAAACUGCAGCGAGAACCUUCCGGAGAAUUUGCGAAGAAGCACAGACGGCACUUUUUUUUUUAGUGGCCAUGGCAGUGACCUUGAUUUCAAGACAGUGCUGGCAGCCGUCGAUUACAUGUAUGAUGGGAAAAUGGGAACGUCUGCAGCAAGCCUUUAUCUGGAAGCAAUGGCGGCAGCAGAGCGGAAGAUUGUUCUUCUAAAAUUUUAAAUUGCUAAGUAGGUCACCAACAACGCCAAUAGAUCCCAUAUUGGAAGGAGAGUUAAAGAUCAAAGAAAAAAACGUUAUAUAGUGGCUUGGUAAGCAUUCUAUAGAGUGUUUGCAUGUUUACAAUCGAAAGUGUCAAAGAAAGCAUAUAAUAUCUUGCAGCAAUGAGGCGCCCAAAACGCCCACGCUACACCCCUGCCAAAGAUGGUUUUGGAAUAUAAUGUUGAGUGUUUUUUAAUUACAUUGUGUGUAUUUAGGAGCAAAGGUUGCAUUGGUGAUAGCCAAUUACAAGUAGAAACCAUAACACCUUUAAACACGCCAAGCAAGCGUGCUGUCAAUUACGGAAAAAAUGGUGAAGAUGGGAUUGAAGGUAUGACAAGAUGAAAUACGAAAACGAGGCUCCAGGUCAUGACCCUAUAUUAUAAAGAGUGAUAUUUUUUAAAAAAGUUUAACAUUUCUUUUUCAGUAAAAAAAUUAAUUAAAAAUAAAUUGGAAGUAAAUAAAUUAAAAUAAAAAAUAAGUGAAAUGAAAAAUAAAGUGGCCAGACAAGGCUAUCGGCCGUGGACUUUGACGGCACAAUCGAAAGUGUCAAAGAAACCACGCAUCUUGCAGCAAAAUGGAGCGUCCAAAACGCCCACGCUACACCCCUGCCAAAGAUGGUUUUGAAAUAUAAUGUGGAGUGUUUUUUUUAAUUACAUGGCGUGUUAUUUAGGAGCAAAGGUUGCAUUAGCGAUCGCGAACAACCAACUGUACAAACGCCUACCCACAUUAGAAACACCAACAUACGUGGUUUUGUUGGCCACAAAAUUGGUGGAAAUGGGAUUCAAGGUUCAUAUGACAUUAACAUGA